UUUUUUUUCCUGCUCAAUCGGUAUAACAUAAUAUCUUAUUUUUUAUACUAACAUAUACAUAAAAAUAAGAUCUAUACCAACAUAAUAAGAUAUAUAAAAAUAAGACCUUGAAGGCCAUAAACCAUGGUUAUGGUUCAUUCUGCCUCACCUGCCCGUUGGCAGGGCAAUUCUCCAUGUCAUGUGUCAGUACCAAAUCCUAGACGUGUUUGAUAAGAUGAAGCUCAUGUUCUCCGUGAAUAUUUUUGCAAAGGCCUUCCAAGCAUCUUCUUGUUUAAUAAAUUUCGCAGCAAUCUCAGCAUUUGGCUUCCGCUUAACUUACGGGGUACUAUUAGAUAUUUAUAUUAUUAUUAUUAUUGUUUUGUUAUUAAGCGUAGCGAUAAUGUUUUAGAGUUGGGACUUUCCUUUUAGACUUUUUAAAGAAAAAUCAAUACAGGAGUAUAGCUUCCAUUUAAUAAGUGGUUUCUUUUGUAAACAAAAUCCAACUUGAACCACCCUUAGUGGCCGAACGCUAUAUAGUCCUUUCCUACUCAACAUUGAUAUUGAUUUUCGGUAGAACCUUCUACUUUUCUACAAAAUUCAAGUUCUUGUGUUAAGCUACCUAAUUAAUUUAGUAGAACUUAAUCUAUUUGAUCUAUCUUUAUGUGAUUAAUCUGUGAUCGAUUUCGGGUUUCCAUGAUACUUUUGGGAGGUUUAACGCCAUGAAAGAUCGCCGUAAUCGUUGUCCUCUGUUCGUCAUCUCUCGGUGCGCCUUAGCUCUACUCUUCUUAUCUGGUUUUACUUUCUCCACUCAUCGACUUUUUUUCACCGAGAGGUAUCAUCCAAAUUUGGUAGCUUCAUGGAUAACAUCAACAACAGAAGCUAUAUCCACUGAUUCAACGGCGGCGCGUGGUAUAUCCAUUGGAGAAACGGUGCUGUUCCCAGACCAAGUAAUGAUUUUACUAAAAUACCCUCCAUCGAGUCCGCUGUUGACGCAACACGAAAUCGACUGCGUUUAUUCUUCUCCAAACUCAUCCCGGAGAUCCUCGCCGUUAUCAAUCGGCGGCGCAUAUCUCGAUCAUCAGGUUGUACGUUGUAAGCUUCCACCACGUGGCAUGAUCGCGUCCGUCAGUUUGAACCCCCACGAACUCCUCCCGUCGGGCCCCACACACGACUGGAAGUCGUUAGCAUACGAAGCCAUGAUCGACCGCGACAACACCACCGUUGUGUUCGUGAAGGGACUCAAUCUACGGCCAGGAAAACCGUCCAACGCCUCUAAGUUCCGGUGUGUGUACGGCUCUGAUUUCUCCAACCCCAAGUUGCUGCUCCGAUCAGAAGUUGUGUCAAUAGCUCAAGAGAUCGUACGGUGUAAAACUCCUUCGAGUCUUUUGAAUGUCUCACUGAAGAACGACAACAGUAGUCCCAUCAAAGUCUCGAUCAAAAUCAAUGGAAAAGGUAUUCUGGACUCCAUUGCCCGACCCGACUUUCAAGCCUCACCCGACCCACCCGUUUCUAUUCAACAUCGGGUAUGUGCAUGCACCAUGGUCCGGAACCAAGCCCGUUUCUUGCAAGAAUGGAUCAUGUACCAUGCCCGAAUUGGAGUUGACCGUUGGCUCAUAUACGACAACAAUAGUGAUGAUGAUAUAGAAAACAUCAUAGAAUCAUUAGUAAAUCAAAAUUACAAGAUUACCCGGCAUUUAUGGCCUUGGAUCAAGACUCAAGAAGCCGGGUUUGCCCAUUGUGCGUUACGCGCCCAGGAUUCGUGCGAAUGGGUAGCAUUUAUCGACGUGGAUGAGUUCUUAUAUUUGCCAUCUGGGGUCCACUUAGAGACCCUAAUUAGAAACCAAACUAGCAGACCUGAGGUAGCAGAGUUACGAAUAUCAUGUCAUAAUUUUGGGCCAUCCGGUUUGAAAAAGAUCCCACCAGAAGGAGUCAUGGUGGGAUACAAAUGUCGGUUGGGCCUACCCGAGAGGCACAAGAGCAUAGUUCGACCCGAGAAACUGAACCCGUCAUUGAUCAACAUGGUGCACCAUUUUGAUCUAAAGGAUGGGUUCAAAUACGUGAAUGUGGAUAGAAAUUUGAUGGUGAUUAAUCACUAUAAGUUUCAAGUUUGGGAGGUGUUUAAGGAGAAGUUUUAUAGGAGAGUGGCUACUUAUGUUUCGGAUUGGCAAGAUGAGGAAAAUGUCGGGUCUAAAGAUAGAGCCCCGGGUUUGGGGACACGGGCGGUUGAGCCGGUUGACUGGACAAGUCGGUUUUGUGAGGUUAAUGAUUCGGGUUUGAGGAAUUGGGUUUUAAAAAGGUUUAGUGACCCAAAUACUGGGCUAUUGCCAUGGCAGAAAUUAGAAGAAAGAGUUUUGGGGAAGGCUUUAUAGUGUACAGUACACUUGAUCUAAUGGUAUAUAAUUAUGUAAUGUGUAUAUAUAUAUUGCCUUACUAUAUUUUGAUUAACUACUAUAUACUGUCAAACUUGCUGCUCUUCAUUCUAUUGAACAGAAAAAUAUAUUGGAAUUUGGAAAUUGUGUUUGUGAUGAC